UUCAGUUAAAUACAUUGAAAUGUAUGCAGAUUCUUGAAAUCAUACUUUUACCAUGAAAUGACUUUUCAACAGUAUAGUAGAGGUCAAUAUUUUAAAAACCACUUGAUCUAUUCAUAAAAAAACAUUGAUUGUUGUUAUUAGUGCCCCAAAGAGAUAAGAAAAAUAAAGAAAUAGUUUUUUUCAUUGCCUUUUCUUGGUGGGGAUGUUAAAGGGUUAAAUUGAUGAUUAGUUUGUCAGUUUCCGCUGAUCUUUGUCAUAGAGACAUUAUUUUGGCAUCUGUGUAUUUGAGCUGCUGCAUCAAAUGGAUCAAUUAAAACAACAUUUGGAACAUGAGUAAUUUUACACAACAGUGAAACAAAUAUUACAGCAAAAUCCACUUUGAACAUUUUCAUUAUUGAUCUACUGCUUCAUUUUAGAUGAUUUCUCUAGACUCAUAUUACAAAUAAAAUGCUACAUGAAGUAAACAAGCAAGUAGUUUUGAUUACCAAGAUGGAGAUGUGCCAUUCUAUUCAUAAAAUAGACAUUCAUGAAAUUAGAUAUUUGCAAUCAUUAGCAGAUGCAAAUAACAGGUGAGAUUACUGACGUGAACUGACAAUGUGGUUGCUUGGGAACAUAAAUGCCAGAGAAUACUGGCACAUGGAUUAGGGACAGUAUUAAGGUGUGUAUUGAAACCUGACUAUUUCCCUGCUCGUUGCAUCCACAGACUGGACACUUUCUCCAUUCAAGCUGCCAUCCAAGAUGCGUUACAAAUUCACCACCAGGGUUUUCAUUUUCCUCGUGUGCAUCACAGUAAUUCCAUUUUUUUCCAACUCUUUCUGGAAUUUCUCUGUGUAUGUCCUCAGCCAUCGGGAGCUGAGCCUUUGUGCCUGUCACAAAUGUUUGAAAGAGGGUGAUCCAUGCUUAACAGACCUUAUCAAGGAGUCUCCUACACCUUUUUUGUCAAAGCAGUAUAGAACCUCAGAGGACGAUUUCAACUGGUGGAAGCGUUUACAGGGGUCAAAAUGCAACUUCACUUUCUUCAGUGCAACAAUGGACAAGCUGUUUCAGAUACUCCCACCCGUUCCAGAUGUUUUAGAACCCAGGCCUCACCGCUGCAGGACGUGUGCUGUGGUGGGAAAUUCUGUAAAUUUGAAGGGAUCACAUUAUGGACCUCUGAUAGAUUUUCAUGAUAUUGUAAUAAGAAUGAACCGUGGUCGUACUACUGGCUAUGAAGCAGAUGUUGGGACCAAAACUACCCAUCAUGUCUUCUACCCAGAGAGCGCUACUUCGCUGGCAAACACCACUCAUCUUUUGUUUUUUCCAUUCAAGAUAAGCGACUUUCUGUGGCUCCUCAACAAACUCGAUCCAGACAGGGAAGACAGUGCUGUGAACUCAAAGAGGAUAGCUAACAAGGAUCUGGUGAUGAUCCUCAAUCCAGCUUUCAUGAGGUAUGUUCAUGACGCUUGGCUGGGACAGAGGGGCUACUAUCCAUCCACGGGCUUUCUGACUUUUGCACUCAGCUUGCUGAUUUGUGAUGAGGUCAACGUUUUUGGGUUUGGAGCAGACAGUGAUGGAAACUGGAACCACUACUAUGAACAACACAAAUACAAAGACCUAAAAACUGGAGCCCAUCCUGGAACAUUUGAAUAUCAAACUAUUGAGAAAUUACAUAAAAGACAAAUGAUCGAAUUUUUUAAAGGAUGGUAAUGGUUUUUUUUCUUUUUUCUUUGAAUAGCAUACACAUGAGCAGCACAAAAUGAGCAGCUUUGGUCUUUUCACAUCUACACAUGGAGGGUUUUAUUUUUAAGUUGUAUAGUAUGAAGUCCCGUAUGAUGCUUAGUGUAAAAUAUACAGUUGACUAAAACAGCUGUACUAAGCCAGCAGCUAUGGAUGUUUUUGUGUGUGUUGGUUCAGUAUCUAUUCCAUUCUGGUCUAAAAUGUUCAUUUUUCUGAUUCACUUGGUUAUUUGACUUCAAAAAUAGCAAUUUAAAUAAUAAUAAUAGUAAGCAUGAGGGGAUUUGGACUGUGACAUGUGACCUUGUUAAACAUAUCAUUGGUCGUAAGGUGGGGUUUUUUUUGUCUGUUUUAUAAGCAAUAAUUAUGAUCACAAAAAUCACCAAAUCAAUAAAUUUGGAACUAUUGCUCUUU